AGUCAUGACAGGUUCAGUUUGGAAACCUCCUUCGCACGAUUUGCGCAGACCAGGAAGACUGGUUUAAAACAGGAGAGCUCAGUUAGUUUGAUCUCUACGACACACCUUAUUUACCUACGAAAGAAAUCGAAGACACGAACACGACGGACUCUGUUCUUCUUCCGACAUGCGUCUAAAACGAUACGUGGAUUCCCCGUCGCUCAAUGUUUCGUAAACAGACAGCGAUGCACUGAGUCGCGCAACCUGUUAGAGCUGCUCCGACGAUGAAGAUGAAGAUGAAGAAGCAGAACGUGCGCACGCUGUCGCUCAUCCUCUGCAUGUUCUCGUAUCUGCUGGUGGGCGCCGCGGUCUUCGACGCGCUGGAGUCCGAGACCGAGAGCGCGAGGAAGCGCAUGCUGGAGCAGAAGCGCAGCGACAUGAAGAGAAAGUACCGCUUCACCGAGGACGACUACCGAGAGAUCGAGCGAGUGGUGCUGCAGGCGGAGCCCCAUCGCGCCGGCAGACAGUGGAAAUUCGCCGGAUCUUUUUACUUUGCGAUAACUGUCAUCACCACGAUAGGUUACGGGCACGCGGCCCCGGGCACAGACGCAGGGAAGGUCUUCUGCAUGUUCUACGCAGGUCUGGGCAUCCCUCUCACGCUGGUGAUGUUCCAGAGUCUGGGCGAGAGGAUGAACACCUUCGUCCGCUACCUCCUCAGCCGCGUCAAGAAGUGCCUAGGGCUGCAUCGCACUGAAAUUUCCAUGGAAAACAUGGUGUUGGUGGGGUUCCUGUCCUGCCUGGGAACUCUGUGCAUGGGGGCCGCCGCCUUCUCACACUUUGAGGGCUGGACCUUCUUCCACGCGUACUACUACUGCUUCAUCACCCUCACCACCAUCGGCUUCGGCGACUUCGUGGCUCUUCAGAAGAAGGAGGACCUCCAGGAGAAGACCCCUUAUGUGGUCUUUAGCUUCAUGUACAUCCUCGUGGGGCUGACCGUGAUCGGAGCCUUCCUCAACCUGGUGGUGUUGAGGUUCCUCACUAUGAACAGCGAGGACGAGAAGCGGGAUGCGCAGGAGCGGGCCUCACUGAAGAGGGGGCGUAACCUGACGGCCAUGAGUUUGGCGCAGGAGAAUCACUGCCACAGCAACCUGUUCUUGCCCAUGGAGGAGGGCACCAGCUGCACCAACCUCAUCCUGUCGCCGGCAGAGGAGCGCGGGCUCUACUCGCCCCUGCCCCUGCCCUUAAACGCCAGCCAGUCUCGGUCCCAGCUGAGCCUGCUCUGCAGCUGCGUCUGCUAUCACCUGGGCCUCUGCAACAGCUCGGCCGCGGCCCCGGCCCCGGCUCCAAACAAGUGCCCUGAGUGCAACAUCAACUCGGUGUACUGCAACUCCGUUUCCUACAAGAUUCAAGGCGGCUCCUCGACCAGGAACGAUACGGCUGUGUCCUCUCCAGGCAGCACGCUUUCUCCUGGGCUCAGCCUCAGAGAUCUGCCACGCUUCAGGAGGAAGUCAUUAUAGCGGGAAAGAACUUUUAAGUGUCUGCUUUAGAGAGCGAGAAUGCUGUAAGAGCAUAUAUUUUGUAGCACGAGUUAGCAAAGGCCAUGUUUAAACACUAAAGAUAAGUGAGCAUGUCUUUCUAAAGCACAGCAGUUGAGGACUUGCCAUCAUAAUCAGGGUUGGGGAGUAACGGAGCGCAUCGAACUUACACAUUUAAAAUACAAAAUAUGAGUAACUGUGUUUCAUUACUGUUACAUAAAUGGGUGGUAUCAAAUUACA